CCUGGUCUGGCAGUUGGAGAUAAUAACUAUUUUCAAUAAUAUUGUUUUUUCUUCUAUCCAUUUUUCAGUCUCAAAGUUUGGCUUAUUAAUGAAAUUUCAAAGAUAUGAGAUAUUGUGUCAUGGGGAAACAUGUCAAGUGUGUGAUGAUACUAUUUCUAUUGGUGAUCUUUUCGAAGGGAAUUUAUGGGAUUAGAUUUGAGAUAGACAGAGAAGAAUGUUUGUCUCACAAUGUUCAUCUUGAAGGUGACACUAUUCAUUUAUCAUUUGUUGUCAUCCAAGCUGACACUCCCUGGCAUUCUGCUAAUGAUGGUGCUGUUGAUCUUAUGAUAACUGGGCCAUCUGGUGAGCAGAUUCAUGGUUUCCGCGACAAGACUAGUGAAAAAUACGAGUUUAUCGCUAACAGGAAAGGCCUUUUCCAGUUUUGCUUCACCAAUAAGUCUCCUUAUCAUGAAACCCUAGAUUUUGAUGUGCAAGUUGUACAUUACACAUACUAUGACCAACAUGCAAAGGAUGAGCACUUUGAUCCAUUGCUGGAACAGAUAUCAAAGUUAGAAGCAGCACUUUACAACAUACAGUUUGAACAGCAUUGGCUCGAAGCGCAGACUGACCGCCAGGCAUUAUUGAAUGAAGGUAUGAGCCAAAGAGCAAUCACCAAGGCACUUCUUGAAUCAAUAACCCUUGUUGGUGUCAGCUUCCUUCAGGUCUUCCUCCUGCAACGCCUUUUCGAAAAGAAGCUUCAUACAGUUAGAGUUUAGACUGCAUGCAUUAACGGAGCUAGCCUUCAGACGCGGGUUGAACUUCACUCUCUUUACAAGAGCUGCCAACGCACCUUCUCUUUUCAGCAGAAAAGGAAUCAAGUGACACGUAGUUAACAUCAGUUACCGUGUAUAAAUACCAAAUAAUCUCUUUUCCAGCCGAUAAGCAGCAUGCAACUUGGAUUCUUCAUCAGCUUGUGUGGUGAAACAGGGAGAUUUUGUUGUUCCCUGUAGAGUUCUUGGUUUUCAGUUCCAACAUUUGAAAAACCGAUUUAAUUGGUUUGAUUUUCUUUUAGAGGAAAAUCCACCCAAACUUAACCAUGAACAUCCCUAGUUGAACGUAUUUAGCUUUUACAAUUUCUUUCAAUUUUGUUGUUCUAUGAUAGGUUUUAUUCUUGCAGCAUAACACCACUGACUUCAAUAGGUUGUAUUUGAUUUUAUUUGCUAAAGA